AUGUCGGCCCGAGAAUGGAGGAGGCGCCGAGACCCCGCCCCCUCUCGCCGCUUUACUGCGCCGCCGGGGCGAGGGGGCGGGGCCGGCGACGAGGCCGCGCGCGCCGGGGCGGAGCGAAGCUGCGAGGCCACGCCCCCGGCGCCCCGCGGGGACCACCCACGGCGCCUCCUGCCCAGGUUCCAGCGGGACCAGAAUAAAAGACCAUGCCUUGAAUUCUCCCAUCUAAGUGUAAAGGAUUCCUUCAAAGAUCUGUUUAUUCCCAAGACGGAGACCUUUCUGAUCAUGUAUACAAGGAGCAACCUGAACUGUGCUGAGCCACUGUUUGAGCAGAAUUACUCACUUAACGUUAAUUUCAACGUAAGCAAGAAAACCGUCUGGCUUAUUCAUGGAUACAGACCCACAGGCUCCCCUCCAGCAUGGCUUCAGAACUUUCUAAGGGUUUUGUUGAAGCAAGACGAUAUGAAUAUAAUUGUAGUAGAUUGGAACCGAGGUGCUACAACUUUUAUUUAUGAUAGAGCAGUUAAAAACACCAGAAAAGUUGCUGAGAGUUUGAGUGAGAGCGUUCAGAGUCUUUUGAAGCACGGAGCAUCUCUUGAUAAUUUUCAUUUCAUAGGUGUGAGCUUAGGGGCUCAUAUUAGUGGGUUUGUUGGAAAGAAGUUUCAAGGUCAACUUGGAAGAAUAACAGGUGUUGACCCUGCUGGGCCAAAAUUCUCUGGAAAACCAUCAAGUGGCAGAUUAGAUUACACUGAUGCAAAGUUUGUGGAUGUCAUCCAUUCAGAUACCGAUGGUUUAGGCAUUAAAGAACCCUUGGGACAUAUAGAUUUUUAUCCAAAUGGAGGAAAAAAACAACCUGGCUGUCCUAAAUCAAUUUUUUCAGGAAUUGACUUCAUUAAAUGUGACCACCAGAGAGCAGUGUACUUGUUCAUGGCCACUUUGGAAACAAACUGCAAUUUUAUUUCAUUUCCUUGUAAUUCAUACAAAGAUUACAAAACUGGGUCAUGUGUGGAUUGUGACAACUUUAAGACAAAAUCGUGUCCUAGGCUAGGUUAUCAAGCUGAGUUAUGGAAAGAUGUUUUAAAAGAAAAAACAGCUGGAAGAUUUCAGACCUCUGUGUUCUUGGAUACUACUGGCGCAAAUCCAUUCUGUACCUAUUAUUUUGUUCUCAGUAUCACAUCUCUGGAUGAAACUAUGAAGGAUGGCUAUAUUACAUUUAAAUUAUUUAACCAGAUUGGAGUGGUUGAAAAGGCAAGGCUCUAUAAGAAGAACAAAUCAUUUUAUAAACUUCAAGAAGCCAAGAUUCUUGCUCAAUUUUUCAACGAUGUUGUAAAUAUUUCAAGCAUUCAUUUGGCAUAUUUUCAGAGCUCACAUCAACGAUGUUCCACGUGUGAAUACAUCAUCCAGCGUCUCAUGUUAAAAUCACUUACAUAUCCAGAAAGACCACCACUUUGCAUGUAUGAUUUUGUACUUAAAGAAAGUAAGGAAGUCUUUCUCAAUCCAAGCGCAUGCAUAACAAAGGAAACAUAA